ACCCCGCAACCUCAUGGUUCCUAGUCGGAUUUGGAUUGUUUCUUCUGUGCCAAGAGGGGAACUCCAAGGGUCACACUUUUAUUCCCAGAACUCUGCACAGCACCAGGCACAGAAUGGUUCUCAAUAGGUUUGUGUUGAAUGGAUGAUUGGAGGGUGUGGCAUUAGGGAGGGAUAAGGGUGGGGACUUGAUUUUGUUAACGUUUUUACUUAAAUAUAAGGUCUCUAAGCACAGAGGAUGGUAGCCUAAAUUGUGGAGUCAGAAAACCCAAGUCGACUCAUUGCCCUUCUAAAGGCGAUUAUCAUGACAGGUGUUUCUGUGCUCCUGGAAGCAGUUUUGCUCGCUCUCCAGGCCUCGUAUACAGGACUCAACCUGGGACUCGCCCUUGUCCCUCUCUUGUGUGGAUCCUCUUCUGCGCAACCCCCCUCUUUUUUUUUUUUUAUUUGGUUGGGUUGAGCUACAUCCUCAUGGGGUGCACACAUGCAAGAAAAACCAACUUCAUCUCGCCGAUCCCGUACUUACUUCAGUCGGGAACAGCUUCGGGUGCUAACUGAUACCUUUGAAAAGACCAGGUACCCCAACUGGUUCAUCGUAAACACGCUUUCUUCAAAUAUUCAUCUUGAUGAGUCAGUUAUAAAGACUUGGUUUAAAAACCAGCGUGUCAAAAGGAGGAAGAAGGAGCGUGAAACUCAGCAAAACCCACCACUGGAGGACACACCACAGGUGUCUCCAGUGAAGGAGGAGGAGACCCUCUCCCCUAGUGCUUCUGGAAACACCCGUUCCAUGUCUCUCAGCAUCUCAGAUGCUUCUGACCCUGACUCUCCCCAGCCUUCGUGUGCCGAGACAUGUGAAGGGGCUGCACCAUGUGAAGGGGCUGCGGCCACCCCAUGCGAUUCAUCCUGUGACUUUCUGCCUGAGGAUCUCCGACAGAUAAGUUUCAGAGACCCUGAUCCCCCUUGGGCCUCCAGUCCGUACGACAUGGAUCAGCUUAUACAAUUAUACAACUUACCUGGCGAGGAUGAUCCCAGCAGUCUAGACCAGUACCUCCUCCCGCUGUGCUCCACCUGAGGGAGUCUGCCAACACCUGGAACGGGCUCUCUGCAGUCCAAACAGGUCACAGAUCAGAAAUUAUCGUUUUCUGUAGGAAAAAAAUCAAUCCCUCUUGAGUUCCCGUUGUGGCUCAGUGGGUUAAGAACCCGA